AUGUUAAUAAUUACCACAUCUGAACUUGAAGAUGCGUGCGAAAAAUUAAAUACAGUAAAACCAAAGUUCAUAGCAGUUGAUACAGAGUUUAUUAGAAAUAAUAUAACUUACUAUCCAAAAUUAUCAUUAGUGCAGAUAUCCUAUGGAGAAAAGAGUUUUAUUGUAGAUGCAUUAGCACCAGAAAUUGAUUUAUCAGCCAUUGAGAAAAUAAUGCUCAAUAAAGAAAUAAUAAAAGUGUUUCACAGCUGUAAGCAGGAUAUGGAAUCUUUAUUGACUGUGUUUAAAGAUAUUCCUGCUCCUAUUUUUGAUACUCAAAUUGCGGCUAUGUUUUGCACUUAUUAUUAUGAUUUUAUUGGUUACUCAAAAUUGAUAGAGCAAUAUAUGGGAAUAACCUUGGAUAAACUUAAAGCUAAAAAUUCAGAUUGGUUGAAGCGACCACUAUCUGAAGAACAAUUGGAUUAUGCAAUAAAUGAUGUGACCUAUUUGUAUGACCUAUAUCAAAUAUUGUGUGACAAGCUUGAAGAGAGUGGUAGGGCUAGUUGGUUUCAAGAAGAGAUGCGUGCAAUAGGCGAUAUAAACAGAUAUACCCAUAAUCCCAAAAAUGCGUGGAAAAGAAUAAAAUUUAAUCAUCCACAAUUAAUGUUAACUGUUAAGGCAGUUAGUGAAUGGCAGGAAACCUUAGCACAGCGUUAUAAUGUAAAUCGUAAUAAGAUAGUCAACAAUGCUGUAAUCGUUGGCUUAAUUGAGAGAAACGUAGAACGUGUUGAUGAAAUUCUAGAUGAAUUGAAAAAAAAGACAAAAAACAUAAAGGAAGAAGACUUAUUGGAGUUCAUAAAUAUUUUCAACGACAAUGAGAAAGACUGCAUGCAACAUGCCAAUGUUUCAUUAGAUAAUUAUGAUAAGUCUAUAUUCGAUAUAUUAUCGAUUAUUUUAGAAGGUAAGUGUAAAGAAAAUAAUGUGUCACGCAAAUUAGUUGCAUCAAAAGAUGAGUUAAUUAAAUCAAUAUCUGGGCAAACAAACGACUUAUUUAGGGGAUGGAGAUAUGAUUUUUUUGGCAAAUCUGUAAAAUCGUUUAUGGAUGCCGACUUAAAGUUCGAAAUUUCGUCAGUGAAAUCUGCAGAUAAUAUAGCCAGAAUUCAGAGUAGGCAAGUAAAAAUCGAGUGCUAA